CCGUCAUUUUUUUUAAAGUAUUCUGCGUGGCAUACACGGGGUUUUUAUCUUCCAAAUCCGCGAAUGGUAGGGCACGGAGCCGCCGAGGUGUCGCCGGAGAAGACGAAGUGGGGGCGGAUAGGGAGGCGCCAGGGGCUGCUGGCAAUGGCGCCCGUCGGGAUCGGCGCCGGCGGCUGCGGCUGCGGCUGCGGCUGCUCAUGGGUUCUGAUCUACGACCAGGUGGUGCCUUCAGGGACGUCGCGCCGUCGGCGGUGGGUGCCCCUGCUCCGCAUAGAGGCCGGCGGCGCCAGGGAGGCUGCUGCUACAGCUUAUAUAAGCCUGGAUGAGCAUGGAGAGGCCAGAAGGGCCAUUAAUGCACUGGUCACUGGUCAAUCGCAAGAACGAUUGUGACACUCUGCCUCAUGGAUUUAAGUGGAAGCAAUCAUAGCCAUACCAGACGUAGAUUAUUGCUUGGUUUGUCCUCUCCAAGAUGUUUACAGAAAUCCCAAGGCUGGCCAACAUUCUGACUUGCCAGUGGGCGUUGAGCUGCUUGAUGACUGUACCUACUGCUUUGCAGAGGAAUGCCAAGUUACUAAUGCCAUCCAGCUAAAUUUUCACAUCAAUAGAUUAAAUGAUGUGACUACCUGAAGGAGAUCACCAACAUUGACGAAAUAGGCCGACGAGUCUGCUGGCACCUGAAUCCACGUGUCCUUGCCGUUGAUGUCCGGCAGAAGCACC